AACCUCGCUUAGUCUUUAUUUUCAAAUUAGACAAAAAUUGUACGCUUGGACGGCUAUACACAUUCAUGACCUUCAAAAAACGAAAAUAAUGAGAUUAACACAACUUUUACGGGUUUAUUUUCCUAGAAAGAAAAAUAUACCUGGUUUGAAAUAUGCAGGAAAGAAUCAGAUGGUCAAGCCGGUCAUUACUUCUAAAAAGACAGCAGCUGUGGAUAAGAUGAUGAGAACGGAGCAGAAUCUUCAAUAUAUAAACAACCCUUACCUUUCUGCGGAGGAAGAACGGGUUUAUGGAAUGGACCAUCCAAAGAAAGAAAAAAGAAAAAGAGCAUUCUUGGAGAGUAAGAGAAAGCCGUUUUUCCUGGACAAGACUUUAGAGGAUCAUUAUAAAGACACUGUUUACCAAAACAAAAAGUGGGAAUGAUUUUAAGUGGAAAGUUCUUAUGUGAUAUUUAUAGAAAUGUACAGUAUAUUGCAAUUAAAAGCAGUUCUGGUCAAAAUUAAGGAUCUCUUUGAAAAUUGAUCCGGGUCUUUUUUUGAGUAAGUAUGGUAUGGUCUCAUCAAGAGAAUUUCAGAAGUUGAAAACCACUUUAGAUUUAUGGCCAGGACGAGCAUCUAGUUGGAUUACACCAGUUGACUGCUAACUUAUGUGUUACUCAUGUGGUGCUAAUUAGGAAACUAGACUUUAUGUCGGAUCUGUACCGAAUAAGAAUUUAAUGAAAAUUGUUGUUUGAUACAAAUUUGUUAGUGCUGCGAGAUAGUAUAUUCAGACUGAUAGUUUUGACGAGCAUAAGUCACAGCAAAAGUUUAUUGUAUAGUGUUGGAUAGAAAAAGUUCAGACUUUAGUUGAAAUGUAAUUCAGAGUUUCGGGUUUCAGUAUCCAUUCUACAUUAUUUAAAAUGUGUAAAGAGGGA